CCAAGACCUUCCCAUCCCCCAACCCAGCCGCUCUCUCAAUAAGCAUCCUAUUUUGUUUUGCGAACCCAUGUUCCACAAACAAAUCAUGCAACUGAAACUUUAGUUGCUUUUCAAGAAAAAUAUCAUGGAAUGAUCAAAACACACUUUUAACUAUAAAUGCGAUCGUGAUUGGAAAAUUCAUCCUUCUAACGCAUCCGUGCAAUCCCCAAAUUCUGGAAAUCAAUGGAGGAUAGAGGUGCGGAGAAAAAUGGAUUCCUUAUAUUCGUAGUGCUGUGAAUUUACGGGUUGGGGUAUUUCAAUCCCGAGACAGGGAAACAUGUCUGUUCAACAGAGAGAGACAGAGGUCAAUAAUGGCUCAGGUUCCCUCCUCUAUGAGCUUCUACAGUUGGAAACCUCUCCAAGUUCGAGCGAUCAAACAGAAACGGAAAUGGAAAUGCAAGACCAUUCUUUGAGUCCUCGAAGUAGACUAGAGGCUCUACUGAAAGAUUCUGGCAAUAAAUUUUGUGCAGAUUGUGGAUCUCCAGAUCCAAAAUGGGUAUCUUUAAGUUUGGGAGUGUUUAUAUGUAUCAAGUGCUCUGGUGUACAUAGAAGCCUUGGAGUGCAUAUAUCAAAGGUUUUUUCAGUGAAAUUAGAUGAGUGGACACAUGAGCAAGUAGACAUGCUAAAUGAGAUGGGAGGAAAUAAAGUUGCAAAUCUGAAGUAUGAAGCUUCCCGUCCAGAUAAUAAUUAUAAAAAGCCAAAGCCAGAUUCCUCUAUUGAAGAACGAUCUGACUUUAUUAGGAGAAAAUAUGAGCUGAAACAGUUUGUGAACUCCGAUUUACAGUUGAUGUGCCCCAUUGCAACUUCUUCCGUUUCAUCCUCAGAGAAGAAACAUUCUAGUGGUCACAAAAUCCAUGGUCUUGGUCACGCAUUUCGGAACAGCUGGAGAAAGAAAGAAUCUGAUAAUCAGAAGCCAAACAGGAAAAGUAACUCAACCGCAGGUAUGGUUGAAUUCAUAGGAUUGGUCAAAGUCAAUGUGGUGAGGGGUACCAACCUUGCUAUCCGGGAUAUGGUAUCCAGUGAUCCUUAUGUUAUUCUAUCAUUAGGAAGCCAGUCAGUGAAGACACGUGUCAUAAAAAACAAUUUAAACCCGGUUUGGAAUGAGCAAUUAAUGCUGUCAAUUCCAGAGAACAUCCCCCCUCUAAAAGUGCAUGUGUUUGACAAGGAUACAUUUACAACGGAUGAUUUUAUGGGGGAAGCAGAAAUUGACAUUCAACCUCUUGUUUCAGCCGCCAGAGCUUGCGAAAGUUCCUCCAAGAAUGAGACGAUGCAGCUGGGGACGUGGAAAGCAGGUCAAGAGAACACACUGGUUGCAGAUGGUGUUAUAAGCCUUGUGGAAGGGACUGUGAAGCAGGAAAUAGCCUUAAAGCUGCAGAAUGUCGAGAGGGGAGUUUUAGAAGUUGAGCUUGAAUGUGUUUCUCUCUCGCAGUAGCUUCUUUUUUCAUUUUCUGGUUGUUGUUUACUACUAUACUAGGUGGUUUUCUCUCCCAUGUUUACAACCUUUUCCAUUUGUGUCUGCUUUAUUUUCUGUAGGGGAAAUGAGGGUGCGAAUCGAGGCAAGACGCCUUUCAUAGUUUCAUGUAGAAACAGUAUAGACUAUAGAGUAAAGAGUGUCUCUUUGAUGACGAGGACAUUCAUUUUCACUUUUGUUGAACGUUACUACGCAAACAUUAAUUAAUGUAUAUAAAAUUUAUUCCUACACUAAAAAAUAUUCCUACAUAUAUUUGAUGACUAUGAUUUCCUCAUUAAUGUAUUUAAUG